AUGGCAGAAGUAGCGAAGAAGUAUGCAGUUGUUACAGGUUCAAAUCAGGGGAUUGGAUUUGGAACAGUUAGGAAGUUGGCUUCAAAUGGGAUCAUGGUGGUGUUAACUGCUUUAGAUGACAAAAUGGGUCUUGAAGCUAUUGAAAAAUUGAAAGAGUGUGGCCUCUCUGACCUGGUCGUUUUUCAUCAACUUGAUGUAACAAACACUGCUAGCAUUGCUUCCCUUGCAGAUUUUGUCAAAACCCAAUUUGGGAAACUAGAUAUCUUGGUAAAUAAUGCAGGGGUUAGUGGAACCACUGUAGACCCUGAAGCUAUGAGAGCUGCUGCAGCUGAAGGUAUUGGUAAGGAUGGUGUCGGAGUCAAUUGGAGUGAAAUAAUGACUCAAACGUAUGAGUUAGCUGAAGUAUGUGUGAAAACAAACUACUAUGGUGCCAAGAAAAUGACCAAAGCACUCCUUCCUCUCCUUCAGCUAUCUGAUUCACCAAGAGUUGUCAGUCUUUCUUCUGGCAUGGGAUCGUUAAAGCACAUACCAAAUGAAUGGGCCAAAGAGGUGUUAAGUGAUGCUGAGAAACUUACAGAAGAGAGAAUAGAUGAUGUUUUGAAUGAGUUUCUCAAAGACUUCAAAGAAGAUAUUCUAGAAACCAAAGGCUGGCCUACUUCCCUCUCUGCCUAUAUACUCUCGAAAGCAGCCGUGAACGCAUUCACUAGAAUGAUGGCCAGGAAGUACCCAAACAUCUGCAUCAAUAGUGUGGACCCUGGAUUUGUCAAAACAGAUAUGAACUUCAAUACUGGUAUGUUAACCAUUGAUGAAGGUGCUGAGAGUGUUGUGAGGUUAGCUGUGGUUCCAAAUGGCAGCCAUUCUGGCCUCUACUUCUAUUUACAAGAAGUCUCACCCUUUUGA